AUGGCAUCGUCACUGAAUCUGAGCCAAGCAAUGCCAGCCUCUGAGCUUCGCCACAAGAAAAGAAGGCAGUUACGGCAAGACUGUUGGAACGAGAACGGUCUUCGUCACCAGACUGGUGAAACCGGUGAUAGGACUGCCGAUUGCGCUUUUGUUGAACUGUAUUGGCCGAGGCUGGAGCUCAGGCUACAGCAGUCAGAUGUUGGAGUCGCUGAUGUCGCUAAUGGUAAUCGGCGAAACUGGUACAGAUGGUUCGAAGUCGAGCCACAAGUGUGGUCAGCGAAGCUGGUACACACAAACAGAAGGUCAAGAGUUGAGCCAACAAAGUGUAAAGAUGUCGCGGAAGCUUGUCAGAUUACCCCGAAAGCAGAAGUCGGAUUGCGAAGAGGUCUCGGAAGACGUAAGGGGUUCGAAGGACGUGAUGCUCCAAUGGCGCGGUAUCUUGACGCGAUGGAGGGAUCAAGCUGGGCAGGGAGCUUGUUGGAAGAGCUUUUCGGAGUGAGGUGCGAUCGCGAUCUUCGCGCAAUGACAGAUGGAAGAUAG